AUCGACAACAACGAAAAUCAACCAAAUUAGUUUUCACAUUGUUAUUUUCGUGUUCCCUCUAUGUAUGUAGAUGUUUGAUUGUUCUUAAGCGUUAUUUGUUUGCUUUCCCUUUUAUUUUCGCGUUACUUGGUUAUAUUUUUUUUUGGGAAAAAUCGAAAUUUCUGUGCAAUUUACCCGUGCAUUCCGAUGUAUGGGUGACUGAGGAGCUGUAAUAUCGGGUAAAUGCUCGCUAAUUGGCAGACGGCACGGAAAUCGUCGGAAAUGAAUGAUGCCCGGCUCUAUAGGAAGGCGACUUCGGUGGAUAAAUGCCGCUUGGAAAUGCUGCACGAAUAUGUCCGGGAUCAUUGCCAUCGGGCCCGCAGCGAGGGCGUGGACGUGAAGGCGCGCCGGAAACUGAUCAUAGCCAGCAUUUUGUGUUUGGUCUUCAUGAUUGCCGAAAUCGUGGGUGGCGUCCUAUCGAACAGUCUGGCCAUCGCAACAGACGCCGCACAUUUGCUCACCGAUUUCGCCAGCUUUAUGAUCUCGUUGUUUGCCAUCUGGAUUGCCGGACGCCCAUCUACGCAACGGAUGUCCUUCGGCUGGUAUCGGGCCGAGGUUAUUGGAGCCAUGGCCUCCGUCUUCAUGAUCUGGGUCAUCACGGGCAUCCUCGUCUGGCUGGCCAUCGGACGACUCAUUAGCGGCGACUACGAGGUGAAUGCCAAGAUCAUGCUGAUCACCUCGGGCCUGGCCAUAUUGGUGAAUGUCAUAAUGGGCGUUCAGCUGCAGCAUGGUCAUUCGCAUGGUCUGGGCGGAGGAAGUGGUGGGCAUGGCCACAGCCACGAUGGCCCCAAGAAGUCGACCAAGAAGAACCCUCCCACUGCCAUUCCCUCGCACGCCCAUGCCUCGUCCACGCCCUGUGCCGCAUCGCCCACCCAGCGAAUUGAGGGCGGAGUGGCCUUUGCUCCCGAAGAUGCCGAAUUGCCCGGAGGAGGACUGCCCACGUUCUCCUACCAGAACGCCAAGUUAGUGGAUCCCGCUUUGGAUCUGGAAAUCGCAGCCGUUCUGGCAGAGACUGCUCCAGGCUCCCAUCAUCAUGGAGGACCCGUGGGACGCGAGGCCGUCAACAUGAAUGUCCGGGCAGCCCUCAUCCAUGUGAUCGGCGAUGUCAUCCAGAGUGUCGGAGUGUUUGUUGCCGCCGGGGUGAUCUACUUCUGGCCGGAGUACUCCAUCGUAGAUCCCAUUUGCACAUUCGUGUUUUCCAUCAUCGUACUCUUCACCACGUUUACGAUCAUGAAGGAUGCCCUGCUGGUGCUCAUGGAGGGGACCCCGAACUACAUGCACUACGCCGAGGUGCUGCAGAUAUUCCAAGGCAUCGAGGGCGUUGAGCGGGUGCACAAUUUGCGCAUCUGGGCGCUGAGCAUUAAUAAAGUGGCGCUAUCAGCCCACUUGGCCAUUGCUGCCAAUGCCAAUCCGAAGAAGAUCCUGGAUGCAGCCACCUCGGCGGUUCACUUGCGGUACAAUUUUUUCGAGACGACCAUCCAAAUCGAGGACUAUACCAGCCAAAUGGAGAACUGCCAGCAGUGCAAUGUGCCCGAGAAGUAGACUACCUAUACCAGAUGACCCCAAAAAAUAUGAUAAUAUAAUUCGAUGUAUAUUCAAUAUUUAUUUUUGAGACACCCUGUCUGUCCAUCCAUCCCCACAAUGAGUAAACAAAUUCCCCAUGCCGGCUAGAUCCGGCAAACAAAUCAGCCACAAAAUAUAUACCCAGCUGUUUAUCAGUUCAUAGCCAA